CCACCCACGAGCAGAGUUGCUGCUGACAUUGAGAUAAGCAGCAUUCCCUUCACCCCACUGACAUUGAGUCAUUUGUUCUGCUACAGUGGCACAUUACUGUUCUAGUCGCACGCAACGGCGAAUAUCUGGACUCCCACGAGGGUGCAGAAGAGUGGAGGGCGCCAGUAGUGGCCUAUCGCGAGGGGAGACGUGCACUCCGAUCGCUACAGCGCCGCAAGUCUCGUCGCUGCUGGCGCCAAUAGUCUGAUCGGUCCCAUUCACUGCCCGACCCGCUUCUGCGCACCUCUCUGCCGCCAGGCUUGGCCUACAAGUCUUUCCGCGCACUGCCUUGCGUCGCCGCGCCUGCUCGUGUCAGGGAUCCACCACUGCCGCUGGCAGCCGUAGUCCCUGUCGCUCCGCUUGCCCGAGUUCCCCGCUCCCGCCAGCAGGUUUCUAGCCGUAAUUAGCGGCCACGCCGUAGCGCACCGCGAGAAGCGUCACCCCUUGUGCCGACCGCCUUACUUCAGUGCGACAGUUGCGGCAACGAGGCGAGGGGCUGCGAGCACGGUGCGCGCGAGUGAGCGCGGGAAGGCAAGCAGGGUUCCGUCGCGAGUCAGCGCACAGCGGGCGCGGGAGAGAGGGCGUCGAGUGGUGCGGGGAGGGCGGGUUCCGCCAUGCCUCCGAACAUGGCGCCCGCAGUGAAGCUGGUGUCGCCGUCGAGCCCGGCCAAGCUGGUGGAGGUGGAGAAGAGCGCGCCCAACGAGAAGCUCCGCUCCAACUCGUUUAUUCUGCGCUCGGCGCGCAGCCUCAGCGCCACGCAACUCGCGUGCCUGGCGCUCUUCUUCCUCGUCACUGUCGUGGGUGUGCUCUACCGAUCCACCUCGCCGCUUAUAGCGCGCGACGCCUCGGCGCAGCCCGCAGCGCCGUGGGGCGGAGCGGUGUGGGAGGCGGACGUCGUGCGCUCCGCCACGCCGCACGAGCCAUCGGGGCUGGUGGUGCUGGUAACGGGCGCGGCGGGCUUCGUGGGGUCGCACGUGUCGCUGGCGCUGCGGCGGCGCGGCGACGGCGUGGUGGGCGUGGACAAUUUCAACAGCUACUAUCCCGUCGCACUCAAGCGCGCGCGCCAGGCGCGCCUGCACGACAAAGGCGUCAUGGUGGUGGAGGGCGACAUCACCAACGCCGACCUGCUCGCGCAGCUCUUCCGCCUGGCGCGCUUCACGCACGUGCUGCACCUGGCGGCGCAGGCGGGCGUGCGGUACGCCGUGCAGAACCCGCUGGCGUACGUGCACUCGAACGUGCAGGGCUUCGUCACGCUGCUCGAACAGUGCAAGGCGUCUAACCCGCAGCCUGCCAUUGUGUACGCGUCGUCGUCAUCAGUAUACGGCCUCAACACCAAGGUGCCGUUCUCGGAGGACGACCGCACGGACAAGCCAGCCAGCCUCUACGCCGCCACCAAGAAGGCGGACGAGGUGCUGGGCCACACGUACAACCACAUCUAUGGCCUCUCCGUCACCGCCCUCAGGUUCUUCACGGUGUAUGGUCCAUGGGGGCGACCAGACAUGGCCUACUUCUCAUUCACGCGCAACAUCGUGGAGGGCAAGCCCAUCAGAAUAUUCCAGGGCCCCAAGCAGGAAGAACUGGCGCGUGACUUCACGUACAUUGACGACGUGGUGAGGGGGUGCGUAGCGGCUCUGGACACGGCGGGGCCCAGCACGGGUGGCGGGGGAAAGAAGAGGCGCAAGGCGCCCUUCCGUGUGUACAACCUGGGCAACACGCAGCCCGUCAAAGUGGGCGACUUUGUGGGGCUGUUGGAGAAGCACCUCAACAUGAAGGCCGUCAGGAACUACAUCCAGAUGCCCAGCACCGGCGAUGUGCUCUUCACACAUGCCAACGUCACCAGAGCACAGCGUGAACUCGGCUACGAGCCGGCGGCGGACCUAGACAGCGGUCUGGAGAGGUUUGUGCGGUGGUACCGCAGCUACUAUGUGCAGGGCGGACCCAACGACAAGAGCCUUGACGGCUAUGUGCCGUACUGAGGGGCAGUGUGCGAGGGCCAACUCAAGUUGGAGCAGGAGCAGAGGUUGUGUUGGAAGCAGAGCAGCACACCUGCGGUGCUCCAGUGGAGUGCAGUACUGCACGCAGUGUGCAUUGGGCACAGGUAGAGUGAUGAAGACAGAACGUUACAGAGCAUGGAAAGAAGCUAACGACAAGGGGAUGUUCACCUUAGGCACAGGCCUUUCAGCGUACAAUAGGUAGCUCACGUCAGCAAGCUGUAGCACUGCCACAUUCAUAGAAAUUGUUCAAUGUCAUGUACAGUGGUGGUCCCAGUAGUUUGUUCUUACAAGUGCUUCACUGAUUCUAUAUGUUUUACCAACUUUCCUACUUCCAUGUACUUUUUAGGGCUUAGUG